AUGGCACUACUGUAUUGCUGGAUAGUCGUCUGUAUAAUUGGUUUAGUUGAAACUAAUCCAAUUUGCACCGAUAUUAGUUUUGAACAAGUGUCAUGUGUUCCUGGAAAUUAUAGUCAAGUUGUGCUAAGAAAAGGCGUUGUAUCCGAGAAUAAUUUAACAAAAUUAAUAAGUCUUAGCAGUUGUAGGAUAAGCGAUGUUGAUUUUGAGUCAUUCGAUGGCGUCCCUGCGCUAUUAGAACUAGAUCUGUCUCAAAAUAUUAUUACCUAUCUACAGCUUGGUGUCCUGGAUGAGUUCAAACAGCUCACGCAUUUAAAUCUCUCGCAUAAUUACAUAAGAAAUUUCCCCCUAGGAUUAUUCGACCAGAAACCAAACCUGAUAAGUCUAGACUUAGGUUCUAAUAGAUUAGAAACUUUGGAACUCGGAAUAUUUGAUCCAUUAACGAAAUUAGAGUAUUUAGAUAUUUCUUGGAAUUCUUUAAUAGGGUCAGAUAUAAGCCCAUACAUAUUUGAUUUAAACAGACGAAUAAAAACAUUGAAAUUAUCAGGAAACAAUAUGAAUGAAGCCAAAGAUAACUUUUUGCACUCUUUGACAAUGUUACAAGUGCUUGCAUUAGAAGAUUGUAAACUUGAUGUUUUUCCACCUUUUGCAUUGCAGGGAAGUAUGAAAAAGUUGCUGAGAUUGGAUUUAAGUUUAAAUAAAAUUCGAGAGAUUAGUAACGAUUUAUCUUUUCAUAAUCUUACAAGUUUAAUUUCUCUACAUUUGACGUCGAAUGAUAUUGUUGAUAUUGGAGAAAACGUCUUAAAGCCUUUGAAAAAGAUUAAGGUCUUAGUAUUUCGAAAUAAUCGAAUAAAAGAUAUACCAGACACCCUAUUUCAGAAUAUUCCAGUGACUUUUGUUGAUUUGGCCAACAAUAAAAUAGAAUACUUACCAGUGAACGCUUUCAGAGGUACUAAAUUAAGGAAUUUUAAUAUAGCAAGCAACAGGAUUACUUAUUUACAAGAUAACUUUUGUUUAGAAUUAAGGAAUUCUGGAGCCGCGUUGACGAAAUUUUAUUUUAAUGAUAAUCCCUGGCAAUGUGCCUGCUUAAGAGAUGUACUUAAUGAAGUCAAAAAGUUUGGAGUUACCUAUAAUAAUAAAAAAUAUGAUGGCAAGCAUCCAGUGUGUGUGGUACCUGAUGAUUUUGUAUGUCAUCGUCAUUUGCAAUAUAAUGAAAACGUUUAUGAAGUGUUUGAUAGUAGAUAA